UGAUCACAGCUGUCUUGGGAAAAAGAACAAUGGUCUUCUCCUCACACGUCCCGUUCUAUUGCUAGUCACAACUCACCUGCCUCAAACUCAUGGCUAUGGAUGUCGGCGAACGGACACCGUGGUUCGUCUUAUUGUCCGCCUAAUAUAAGCAAGCGCUCGUGUCGGAUCAUUACGUCGUAUCCCGUGCCCGUCGCGCCUGAAAAAUUAGCGUCCCCCUGGAUUUCAUCCUUCAGGCUGGUGCUCCACCCUGUCAUUCAACAAGGACCCACAACGCGAACACGACUCCAUGCCCGACUCCCCAUUAUCACCAACUCCCAGACCCUGUUCACGCACAGUAAGCGUCCAACUCCCCGACAUCCUCUCUUCAUGCACGCCCUUUGAGCUACGCGUAAAUCGGCAUUGUAGGUCCGUAUCUCGAGCGAGCGAAGCGUGGCUGUGUGAUGUAGGGUUGAAGUUGGAGUGGAAAGGGAUAAAGGUUGGUUUAUGGGCUUCUUUGUGUUAUCCUGGCGCGGAUCUAUCGCAGUUGAGGUUGGGGGCGGAUUUUUUGAGUUUGUUGGUGUAUGAGCAGGAGCAAGAUGGUUGUGGUAAUGAGAAUGAGAAUGAGGUGUUUGAUCUGAUAUCCGAUCGACUCAGUCGCGUCGCGUACAAAAACCCAGCGUGGUACAUGCGUUUCCACCGAUCCAUGCGCAUGUAUCACGAUGCAAGGCGGCGUCUUCAUUCGCUGGAUUCGACGUGUAUCCCGGAUCUGGAGACAUAUGUCGAUCUGCGAAGAAACGCGUCGGGUUUAAAGAUGGUGUUUCACCUGAUUGAGUACGCGGGGGGAUUAGACCUCCCAGAACGGGUGUCUUCGCAUCCGGUAUUGAAGCAGUUGACAGACCAGGCUUGCGAUCUUAUAGCAUGGUCUGAGGACGCGAUCUCAUGUGCAAAAGGCAUGACUCCAAACUCACGAAUCAACAUCGUCACUGUUCUGAUGAAAGACCGGAAUUGUUCGUUUGGGAGUGCACUUGCGUACGUGGGCACGCUCGUGAAGCAGAGCGCAGAUGGGUUCUUGGCUACUGAGCGCCAGCUCGCUGCGUGUGCUGUGAUGGACGACGAUACGAGGCGGUAUGUGAGAGGGUUGCGGGAUUGUAUUGCUGGGAGUGUGAAUUGGCUGUAUGAGACGGAGAGGUACUUGGGGACGAAGGGGAAUGAGGUUAGGGCGUUUGGAUGGGUAUUUGUACCUGUCUUAGAUUGAUGUUCAUGUAUGUUAUGUGUACGUGCUAGAUGUAUUCGAUUUCUAAAUGAAUGGGAGGACUGUUUGGGGAGUUA